AGCUUUUUGUCGCUGUGCUCUUCUCCGGUUGUUUGUGUAGCUGUCGGGAAGAGUCUUGUCUCUGUCUAGUUUUUUUGUUGUUAUUAUUAUUAUUUUUAUCAUAACGACUUAUUAAUUGUUUUAAUUACUUUAAAUUUUAUACUACAAAGUAAAGACGACUUGCAUCAUGGUGCCAGAGCUUCAUAACGUGUCAGUCCAUAUACGUGACAGGAAGAAGGUAGAAGACACAUUAGAGUGCUUUCGCAAAGGAGGACCCAGCAGAGUGCAGGUCAUUUCUGAUUUUGACAUGACUCUAACCAGAUUUGCCUACAAUGGGACACGUGUCCCCACUUGUCACAAUAUUAUUGACAACAGCAGGCUGAUUUCAGAAGAAGGGAAAAAGAAGCUUAAGGACCUGUUAAAUACGUACUACCCAAUUGAAAUUGAUCCUGCCUUCACUGUUGAAGAGAAGCUGCCAUUCAUGGUGGAAUGGUGGACAAAAGCACAUAACUUUCUUGUUGCCGAGAAGAUUCAGAAAUCUCAAAUAACUCGGGUUGUAAAGGAGUCCAAUGUUAUGCUCAGGGAAGGUUUUGAAGUCUUUUUCAGGCAGCUACACAAGAAUGGCAUUCCUCUGUUCAUUUUCUCUGCUGGAAUUGGAGACAUCCUUGAGGAGGUCAUUCGGCAGGCUGGUGUUUUCUACUCCAACAUCACUGUUGUCUCCAACUACAUGGACUUUGAUGGAAAUGGCAUUUUGCAGGGGUUCAAAGGUGAUCUCAUUCACACGUACAACAAGCAUGAAGGAGCUCUGAAGAAUUCUGGCCAUUUUGAGAAACUUGACGAUAAACGUAAUGUCAUCUUGUUGGGUGACUCCUUGGGAGACCUCCAGAUGGCUGAUGGAGUUGAGAACAUGGAAAACAUCCUGAAGAUUGGUUAUCUGAAUGACAAGGUGGACAAGCUUAGGGGCCAGUAUUUGGAGGGUUAUGACAUUGUGUUGGAGAAGGACGAAACGCUGAACGUUGUGAACGCCAUUCUGCAGUACAUCUCGGCUCAGAACUGAAAAAGGCCAGACGUGCGUACCCUUUUAAUCUUCAUCUGCUUCAAGAGGAAGCUCACCAGACCAGCACCUAAAUAUGAAAGCCAGCAUUCUUCCACAGUGGCCUGAAAGCACACGGUUCCACUCCAUGUUUUAAAGUGACUCAGGUCAUGGCUGCUUAUCUGAAGAGAAGCACUUUAAAAACCGCACUCUUUAACCUGCACGUGAAUAUAUAGUGCUAGGGAAAAAUGAAGACACUUCAAGCUAAAUUCUUUUAUUUAUAUUUUAAUAAUGGAAAAAAAAUAUUUUGGAUGGGAUUGUUCUCUAUAUCAGUAUUUGGUAUGAAGUGCAUUAUUGAAAGUACAAAUGUCUUGUCAUGGACAACAACAGAAGAGGAAAUUCGGUAUUGUAUGUGAAAUGUCAGCUUGCGAAAAAUUAGAAAAGCAGUUGAACUUGCCUAAGCCAUACUGUGAGGUCAAGGCUCAUGGAAGCUGCGUAACUGUCUGGCUUCUUACCUGAAGGAAAUGGGUAAGUUUUAAAUUUCUCAAUCACAGAUGUGAGCUCAAGCUUCACUUAACACUCUUUUUGUGCCCCUUUAUAAAAGUGAUCUCUAUGAGAGGAACUUAUCUGAGAUUGGCGAGCUGGUAAUGAAGCUUAUUUACAUCAUUGUCAUUCUUGAGUAAUUGAUUUCAAAUUCUAAUUAUGUUUCUUAAACCCAUUUUUGACAAAUAUGUUUUAAAUGCUGUAGCACGGUAUUCAUUGUCAAAAAUAAACAAACUUCCUGCCUUUAAGAAAACAGCUCAUGAAUAGUUUUGAGAAAAAUAGAAAAAGUAAAAGUGCUAAAGACACAGUUUUUAAAACAAAAAAAAGCAAUAUUUUUAUUUUAGUUUGUCUCAAGUUCAUAUUGUGAGACAGUGCCUGGAGGCACACGUACAGGAGACUUCAAAUUGUGCACUUCUAGAAUUACACUGCGGCUCCCUGCUGCUAAUAAAAACAUGCAGACUGAACAUCGACUGAUUGCCUCGUUGGUACGUUUUGGCAGAAGAGGGCUGUACGUUUAUUAUAAGGGUACAUGAAAUACACAAUCCACUCCUCUAUUAAAAAAAAAAAAAA